AUGACCGCCUUCGAUUCCUUUGCUAAUUCCUCCUCCAAUGCCACAUUUCAGACCGCCGAUUCCCCUCAGGCAGAGAAGACCCCUUCAAACUUCAGAAAAAGACCUCUUCUUAACAGGACUCCCUGGAAGGAUGACCAACCAGGAAAUGGCAGGACACGGAUUCGUCAUUCUAGACCUUAUCGUGGUAGAAUGGAAACCACCUCUGUGCAGCCAGAUCAGGAUCUGGUGACCUUUGAGGACGUGGCCGUGUAUUUCUCAGAAGAGGAGUGGGAUCUACUGGAUCCGGAGCAAAGGGCCUUGCACCGGGAAGUCAUGGCGGAGAAUUGCAGGAACCUGGAUUUUCUGGGCCUUGGAAGGACACCAACGCUUCACCCCAGUCCUUUUCCUUGUGAUGGAAUGGAAACCACCUCUGGGCAAGCAGAGCAGAGUCUGGUGACAGCGGAGGAGGUGUCUGUGGUUUUCUCAGAGGAGGAGUGGGCUCUGCUGGAUCCAGACCAAAGAGCCCUGCACCAGGAAGUCAUGGAGGAGAAUUAUAAGAAUCUGGCAUCUCUUGGAAUUUCUCCCUCUGUCUUGGCUGGUAAAUACAAGUCAAGUAGGAAUUGUUGUCGAUGUUGA